AUGACUGUGCCUAUCUUCAACAAGCAAUUUACUCCAGCCAAAGCUACAUUAUACUAUGGGAAUUUCAUUCACACACCUAAACUAGGCGCUAUCGAAGUGUUUACAAAUUCUGGUGCACUUGUUGAUAAAGAUGGUUUCAUUAGCAAAUUUUAUGCUGAUAAGACUUUAAAUGAAAUACUCAAGCUGAUAGAUGAUACCACUGCUGAUGUCGUUGACAUAUCCGCUAAUGCCAAAUCAUUCUUUUUCCCAGGUUUCAUUGAUACCCAUAUUCAUGCUCCACAAUACCCAAACAAUGGAAUCUUUGGUUACUCCACAUUAUUGGAUUGGUUAACUACUUAUACAUACCCAUUAGAAGCUUCACUGAAGAACUUGGACAAAGCUGAAUUAGUUUACAAUAAAGUCAUCACUAGAACUGUUGCUAAUGGUACAACAUGUGCUGCUUAUUAUGCCACGAUCGAUACAGAUGCAACCAACCUUUUAACAGAUCUUGCCCUUCAUCAUGGCCAAAGAGCAUUCAUUGGUAAAGUUUGUAUGAAUGAUAAUGCUCCAGAUUAUUAUAUUGAAACUUUAGAAGAGUCAAAAGAAAGCACAAUGGAAGUUAUUGAUCAUAUUAAACAAGUUGAUCCGAAGAAUGAAUUAGUUGCUCCUAUAUUAACACCAAGAUUUGCUCCAUCGUGUACUUCAGAACUUCUCAACUGGUUGGGAGAUUUGAAAAAAGAACAUCAUUUACAUUCACAAACUCACAUUUCUGAGAAUAAAGGUGAAAUUGAAUGGGUUGCGGAAUUAUUCCCAAAUUCAAAAAGUUAUGCUGAUGUUUAUAAUGAUCAUGGCCUUUUAGAUGAUAAAACUAUUUUGGCACAUGCUAUUCAUUUAUCUGAUCAUGAAAAGGAUCUAAUCAGAUCAAAAGGAUCGGGUAUUUCGCAUUGUCCUAUUUCAAAUAGUGCUAUAACUUCGGGUGAGGCAAGAAUUAGAUGGUUAUUGGAUAAUGAUAUCCCUGUUGGAUUGGGAACUGAUGUCUCUGGUGGCUUUUCGCCUUCUGUUUUAUCCACAGCUCGUCAAGCUUUAUUGGUUUCAAGACAUUUAGCUAUGAAAACCUCUGAUCAUAACAAAUUGUCAGUGGAAGAUGUAUUAUACUUAGCUACAGUUGGUGGUGCAAAAGUUGUUGGGUUAGAUGAUAAGGUUGGUCUUUUCAAAGAAGGUAUGAAAUGGGAUGCUCAGCUAAUUGAUUUAAAAGCUAAAGAUUCUCAAGUUGAUGUCUUUGAAUGGCAAGUUCCAGAAGAGACAGAAUCCACUUCAAAAGAUGAUUUCGUCAAGUUUCAAAACAUGGUUGCAAAAUGGUUAUUUAAUGGUGAUGAUAGAAACACCACAAAGGUUUGGGUAAACGGUAGACAGGUUCAUGAACGUUUAUAA